AUGCGUGUUUGGUGUUGCAGUGCUAAGUAAAUAUUGUCAAUAAAAUCCAAAAUAUUGCAAAUAAAAUAAAGUAUAAAAAUAGUGGACAAAUUAAUAUUUAUAUGAUCGAAAAGUAUUCAUUUACAAUAUAUUAAUGUAUUUCAAGUGCGUUAAAAUCUAAUUAAUGAACUAAUUAUAAAAUUGUUUUGACAUUUGAUUGAUUAGAACAUUAAUAAAUAUAAAAAAUGGAUAAAAUAACAGAAGUUGGGCAUAAAAUGCGAUCGGCGAUCAAAGCAAAAUUAAUUGAAUUGGGUUGUUAUGUCGAUGAUGAAUUACCAGAUUACAUAAUGGUAAUGGUUGCAAAUCAUCGAAGUAAGGAAAUGAUGUUAGAAGAUUUACAAUUGUUUCUUGACUCGAAUACACAAAUUUUUGUGAAUUGGUUACACCACGUCUUACAGAAAUUACAUGAAGUUACUGUCAGUAGCAUUGAUAUUCCCAAAAUAACUAAGCAAGAGGCACGUUUAAAACGUAAAAUCGUUGAAUCGAAAAAAAAUAAAACCAAUGAGAGUUUAAUUGAUGACGAGUUAAAAAACUCAACAAAACAUGAAGUGAAAAUUAAAACAUUAAAAACAGAAAAUAAAACAACGCCAUCCUUAACAGACGAUUUACCAAUAUCAGCCAAGACAAUCGUUGAACGUCAACGUCGAAUCUCAUUGAAAACUAAAGAACAAGAACCCGAAAAAGAAACAAUCGUUUCAGAUAACAAUCAAUUAGAAUUAGCUGAAAUAGAAAAUAAAAUAUUAGAAGCAAAAAAUAAAUUAGCUGAAUUAGAAAAAAACGAUAAUGAUAAAAAUGUAAUUGAUGAUGAUGAAUUUAUCAAUAUUGCUGCACAUGAUGAUGAAUUACAAUUUGAUGAUGAUAAGGACGAUGGAUGUUUAACGCCACCUUUAUUAGAGCAUCAUCAAUCAUCACUUAAAAUGAAUAAAACAAGUGAGAAGAAAGUAUCGAUAUUAGAUCGUUUAGGUGAAAAGAAGCAACAUAAACCAAUAACAUCUGUAGCAUCAUCAUCCAGUGAAAAGAAAAUACGGUUAUCGGAAAUCAAGAAGAUUGAAAAUGAAUUAUUAUAUGGAAGUUCAAAGUCAAAAGAAAUGCACUCAAGUUCUAGUCAAAUAAAUUCUAAAAGAGAUUUAAAAAGAAAAUCUAAUGUCCACGAACGUAUUGGAAUAAUGUCAUCAAUAGUAAAACCAAUAUCCAGUAAUAGCAACAAAAGAAGAAGGGAACAACACACCGAUGAUGAUGAUGUAGAUAAAGAUGCGGAUACAACAACAACAAUAUCCAGUGUUAUUAAAAUAACACCUAGAAAUUCAAAAUUAACAAAAAAUAAAAUACAACCAAAUAGUAAUUUAUUAUUAAAAGCAAUGGCUGAUGCACAUAAAUCUAUUAAUAUUAGUAAUAUUAAUAAUAAUAAUAAUAAUAAACCUACAACGAAUUCAACAACUACUAGCACAGCAAUUAUUACAUCAAGUGACAGAAAAAAUAUUAAUAAUAAGAGAACAUUAAAUGAUACAUCGAAUGAAAAUAAAAGUAAGAAGAAAGAAUUAUACACAUCACAUUACAAUAAAAAUAAAAAAGAUAUUAAAACGGAUACCAAUAAAAAAUUAAUUCAAAAUAUCAUUAUUAAAGUAAAUACAGCAACAUCGAAUGUUACUGAUAAUAAUAGUGAUCAUAGUAAACAAGAGGAUGAUCAUGAUAAACAUAUUAAUAAAGAUGUUCAAGAUGAAGAAGAAGAAGUUGAAGAAGAGGCAGAAGAAGAUGAACAAUUAAUAUUACCUACUAGUACUACAAAUGAUCAUGUUCAACAUGAAAAAUCAGAACCAAAACAAAGAUUUAUAGUAACAUUAAAUGGUGUUGAUGAAAAUAAAAUAUUUAAAAAAUCAUUAAAAACAAAAAUAAAAAAAGCAGAAAGUGAUAAUGAUAAACUACUAACAACAACAAAUGAUAAUGAUAACGAUAAUGAUAUAAAAGAAGAGGAAUAUAUUAAAAGGGUUAAAAUUAGUAAUGAUGAUAUAGAUGAUAAAAAAAUAGAAAAGAAAAAGAAGAGAGCACCAUCACCAAUAACAUUCAACGAAAGUGAUUUUAACACUAAAACAAAUUCCUCAUCAGUUAGUACAACAGCAAUUGGUACUGCAACAACCAUAUUAAAAAAACAAAAUAAAAACGAUGAACAACGUGAACAUAAAUGUAAAUAUUGGCCUAGAUGUAAAUUAAAAGAUGGACAUUGUGAUGGUAGGCAUGAACCACCUGCAACAUUACCACCAGUUGUUGUGAAUACAAGUCAGCAACGAUGUAAAACGUUUCCAUUAUGUAAAUAUGGACAGCAUUGUUAUUAUUUACAUCCAUUAUGUAAAUAUAAUUUACAAUGUACGAGUCUUAAUUGUAUUUAUAAACAUACAAACAGGAGUGCAAUACAAACGCAAAUACCACCAUCUAUAGCAUCAACAGUGGUUGCAGUACCAGUUCCAGUAACAGUACCCAUACCAGUGGCAAAUAAAAUAUGUAAAUAUUAUCCAAAGUGUACAAAUGUUCAAUGUAAAUAUAUACAUAAGAAACCAACAUCGUUACCAAUACCAUGUCGAUAUGGACAAUAUUGUUUAAAUCAAUACGAGUGUAAUUAUGAUCAUAGCAUUAUUAGUUCUAGUUCUAGUAGGAUAAUUAAUUUUAGUUCAUCAUCUAUGAUUUCUAAUAAAUAUAAAUUAAAAUGGAAAUCAACAUUAUAA